UUGAAAGACGAUAGUUGCUUCCACUAAUUGCAAGCUCCCUCCUUAUUUUUCACCUCACAGCCUUCUCUCAGGUCCGUUUCUCCUCAAUUCUCUUCAUUUUAUCGUUAAUUUCACUUAAUGGAACUUCAAUUAGUCGAAAAGGGUUUCGAUUACAUCCGUAAAAAGAAGAAGUGGGCCUUCAUCUUAGGUACAGUUGGGUUUAGCAGUUACGCUCUUUACAAGGCUUAUCACGCGCCUUUCAUAGCGCGUAAGAGAAACAAACUCUCUAAGCUUCUUAAUGCGUUUGUUUCUGUAGCAGAAGCCGUUUCCGAAUCUUCGGACACCAUUGGAAUUGUCACCAAAGACUUGAACUAUUUUUUACAAUCCGAUUCCGAUCAAGUUCCUAAUAGUUUGAAUCAAAUCUCCAAAAUAACCCGGUCUGAACCGUUUUCAGAUUCUUUAGUUAGUAUCACACGUGCCGUGAUAGUCGGAGUCUUGAACGGUUAUCAGUCCGUAAACCGGACCGAUGAAAAUCAAACCGGUUCUGGUUCUGAUUCAACUGGUUUGGACCGGGUGCUGGAUAAAUUGUUUACACAAGCCGGUUCAGGUUUUGCUUCUGUUGUUAUUGGAAGCUUUGCUAGGAACCUUGUUCUUGGCUUCAAUUCUGAUGCCAAAGCUAAAUUUAGUGGCGAAUCGAAUUCAAAUAGUUCCAAUUGUAGUGAUGCAAGUGUUGGAAAUGAUUGUAACCAUUCUGAUCCGGUUCCAAAAUGGGUUAACGUGGUUUGUGGUGAAAAGUGUGGUGAACUAAUUGGGAAUUGUGUUCAAUUGUUUGUUAGUACAUUGGUUACUGUUUAUCUUGACAAAACCAUGCAUAUCAAUACUUAUGAUGAUUUCUUUGCUGGUUUAACUAAUCCAAAACAUGAAACUAGAGUUAGAGAAAUGUUUGUUUCUGUUUGCAAUGGUGCUAUUGAGAGUCUUGUUAAAACAUCUCACCAGGUUUUUACUAGUUCAAACCCUGAUGAUGCUUCGGGUUCUUGUUUUAAUAUUGGAGAAACUUCAAGUCCUGUUGAGACAUCAUAUGUUGAAUCAAAUGAUGUUUCUGACGAGGAGAAUAAAAGCGGUUGGGUUAGUAAGGUUUCAUCUACGUUGGCAGUUCCUAGCAAUAGGAGACUUGUUCUUGAUGUGACUGGGAGGGUCACAUUUGAGACAGUUAGAUCUUUCAUGGAGUUUAUUUUGUUAACAUUAUGUGAUUCUGGGAGAAGAUGUGCUCAUAAUGUUCAUGAAGCUGUGGUUGAGAUUGUGAGAUAUGUUGCAGCUAAAUUCUCUAUUGUUGUUACAAUAUGUGUCUCAUUGUGCCUGCAUGUAACGGAUUGCACUUGGGCUAUGGUUCCUGCUUAAGUGGUGGUUACUAGUUUCAAUUGCCAAGUAGAUAUGGAUAUGAUUGGUAAUUUGAACUAGGAAAGUUUUAUUAUGCUGCUUCUUUGACCAUGGAGCUUCAAAUUCAAUGUUAUAUUAUAAGACUAUAUCUUUAUAUAAGUACAUGGAUUAAUUUUGUAAAUGAUUUAGAAAACCUUAAUGGAUUAUAAGAUGUAUAGUAACCAUAGACAUGAUACUUCCUCCUUCCAGAAAGCCUUGCAUUCCAUAAUCUAGUAGUCUUAUUUGUUUGGCAUGUAAUGUAACGAUUAUACUCAUUCUUGAAUUGGAAGCUUGUUCUAAAUACACUAA